AUGGUAAGUGAGGCCACGCCCCUCCGAGAAGCCACGCCCCCUAUAGUUUGCAAUGUCAAACGAAGCCACGCCCACCCCAUAGACGGCAAUGGCAGACGAAGCCACGCCCACCCCAUAGACAGCAAUGUCAGACGAAGCCACGCCCACCCCAUGGACAGUAAUGGUAGCCUAAGCCACGCCCCCUCUGUGAAGCCACGCCCACCCAUAGGCGGCAAUGGCAGACGAAGCCACGCCCACCCCAUAGGCGGCAGCAUCGGUAAACGAAGCCACGCCCCCUCUGAUGAGAAGAACCAGAUGAUGACCACGAACGUCUGGCUGAAGCAGGGGGAUUGGGAUUGGAAUUUGGAGUGGGAUUUGGCUGACCAUCCAUCCCUGACCAUCCAUCCCUGACCAUUCCUGACCAUUCCUGACCAUCCAUCCCUGACCAUCCCUGGCCAUUCCCUGUUUUCCAGCGCCGACGGCGAGUUCGCCGUGACCCACAUGACCAAGGCCCACCUGUCCUGGGACGGGACGGUCAAGUGGACGCCGCCGGCCAUCUACAAGAGCUCCUGCAGCAUCGACGUCACCUUCUUCCCCUUCGACCAGCAGAGCUGCAAGAUGAAGUUCGGCUCCUGGACCUACGACAAGGCCAAUAUCGACCUGGAGACCAUGGACCACCAGGUGGACCUCAAGGACUACUGGGAGAGCGGCGAGUGGGCCAUCAUCAACGCCGUGGGCACCUACAACUCCAAGAAGUACGACUGCUGCACGGAGAUCUACCCCGACAUCACCUUCUACUUCGUCAUCCGGCGCCUGCCGCUCUUCUACACCAUCAACCUGAUCAUCCCCUGCCUCCUCAUCUCCUGCCUCACCGUCCUGGUCUUCUACCUGCCCUCGGACUGCGGCGAGAAGAUCACGCUCUGCAUCUCCGUGCUGCUGUCCCUCACCGUCUUCCUGCUGCUCAUCACCGAGAUCAUCCCCUCCACCUCGCUGGUCAUCCCGCUGAUCGGCGAGUACCUGCUCUUCACCAUGAUCUUCGUCACCCUCUCCAUCGUCAUCACCGUCUUCGUGCUCAACGUCCACCACCGCUCGGCCGGCGCCCACGCCAUGCCGCGCUGGGUGCGCCGCUUCUUCCUGGGCGCCGUGCCGCGCUGGCUGGCCAUGAGGAGACCGCCGGCGCCGCCCGCGGGGACGGGGGGACGCGGCGCCGGCGCGCGCCUCGGCGCCUCCCGCUGCUGGCUGGAGACCGACGUGGACAACAGGUGGGACGAGGACGACGAGGAGGACGACGAGGAGAAGACCUGUCCCAGCCACCCCGCGGGAUCCGAGGAAAAGCGGCUCCGCCGCGGCCGGAAAGGGUCGGGAUCUGGCGGGACGGCCAAGGAGGAGGAGGAGGAGGAGGAGGAGGAGGAGGAGGAAGGCUCGGAGCGGGGCUUGGAGUUGUCCCCCAGGGUCCUGAAGGCCCUGGAGGGGGUGCAGUACAUCGCCGACCACCUGCGGGCCGAGGACGCCGACUCCGCCGUGAAGGAAGACUGGAAGUACGUGGCCAUGGUGAUCGACCGGAUCUUCCUCUGGAUCUUCAUCAUCGUCUGCCUCCUGGGCACCGCGGGGCUCUUCCUGCCGCCCUACCUGGCCGGGAUGAUCUAG